AUGAUAGAAACAGAAGUAAAUGAAGCUGUCGGGCCACUAGCACAAACUCAAGUUGCUCUGGUUUCCGCGAAAAGGGCACAUGAGACUCCACGUUCUCUGAGCGGACUUUUGUUCUCUCUAGUCGAAUCUAACCCAGAUGCUCCUCUCAUAGGGUAUCCAUCAUCUCCCUCAAGUGCUUCAGACUAUAUCUUUUAUACCCCAGCACAAGUGCAUCGACUUGCAAAGAAAGCUUCAACUAUCUUCAUAUCUAGGAACAUUAAAGCACAUACCGAUCCUGAUGUCGAUAAAGUAGUUGCUCUCCUUGCACCAUCCAAUUUUGACUACAUAGUAGCCGUUUUCACUCUCAUACGCCUACGAUGUACGAUUUUGUUGCUGUCCAAUCGCCUAGCUACGGAGGCAUAUUUGAACCUCCUUGACAAAACAAAUUGUCACGAUAUCAUCGUGUCCAAGUCAAUGUCUAAAAUUGGUGAGGAGAUUGUCAGGGCCCGACCGAUGAAUGUUGUGGAACUUCCUACAAGAGAUGAAUGCGAUCUAGUGCCUGAAGCUGUCGAUCAGCUUCCACCCGAGCCACAUUCAAUCAGCGAGAGAACAGCUUUUAUUAUACAUUCCUCAGGAUCCACCGGGCUUCCAAAGCCAAUCUUUCAGUCUCACCGAGCCUGUCUUAUGAACUACACUGGAGGCAAUGGCCACCGUGCACUUGUGACUCUACCACUCUAUCAUAACCACGGGCUGUCAACCUUCUUUCGCGCAGUCUGUACCUGCACUCCCGUGGCCCUCUAUAACGCUAACUUACCCCUAACUGCAUCGAACUUAAUUCAAACACUCGAGGCAGUACGACCUGGAAGCUUUCACGGUGUUCCCUAUGCUCUCAAACUCUUGGCUGAAGACCAUCGGGGAACGAACUUGCUUGCUCAAUGUAAAUUAGUCAUGUUCGGAGGUAGCAGCUGCCCAGAUGACAUCGGCGACAAGUUAGUUUCCAAUGGUGUAUAUCUUGUUUCCCACUAUGGAUCCACUGAGAUGGGGCAGCUAAUGACCUCUUUCCGUCCUGAGGGCGACACAGCCUGGAAUUAUGUGCGCCCUGUUGAGAAUGCUAGUCGUUAUUUACAUUUCAAGCCCAUCGAAGAUAAUAUAUUCGAGCUUGUAGUGCUAGACGGCUGGAAAUCGAAAGUAGCGAGCAACUCCGACAAUCCCCCAAACUCGUUCUAUACAAGCGAUUUGUUCACUCCCCACAAAACCAUACCUAAUGCGUGGAAAUAUGUUUCUCGUAACGACGACCGAAUUACAUUAGUAAAUGGAGAAAAGGUUUUGCCCAUCCCUUUCGAGAACAGGCUCCGCAAAGAUCCGUUGAUUAAAGAAGCACUGCUGUUCGGAGUUGGAAAGGCUCUUCCAGGACUCUUUGUUAUUCCAAGUGAGAAGGCGGUAGCUAUGACGAAAUCUCAAUUUUUGGAUGCCAUCUGGCCUACCAUCGCCGCCGCAAACAGCAAGGCUGAAGCUUUCGGUCAGAUUACUAGGGAAAUGGUCGAGAUACUGCCAUCUAAUGUCAAUUAUCCAGCUACAGACAAGGGAACCAUCAUUCGAGCUGCCUCAUACCGACAAUUUUCCUCUCUAAUACAGGAUGUCUACAGGCGCUUUGAGGGAGAAACUUUCAAGCCCAGUGGACGCAAGCUGCAAUUGGAUCAAAAAGAGUUGGAAGAUUUCAUACUGGCUGCGUUCAAAGACAAGACUCAGAAGAUACUAGCACCUGAUGACGAUUUCUUCAAUGCUGGUAUCGACAGCCUUCAGGCUAUAACAGUUCAAGCUUUAAUAAAGCGCGAAAUUGAUGUUGGAAGGUCACACAUUGGCGCCAAUGUCAUAUAUGAGCAUCCCAAUACGCGUGCUUUGGCAGCCCACUUGCUCUUCUUAAGGAAUGGAAUUGAACAGAAAAAAGAAGGUGAAAUCGAAAUCAUGCAGAAACUUAUCACAAAGUAUUCUCACUUCGAGAAACACGCCCCAAAAACACCUCGCGUUGUCCUCCUAACCGGCUCAACUGGAUCUUUAGGUGCCCAUCUUUUGGCACUUUUGUGCCGUAUGGAAAAUGUCACGGCUAUAUAUUGUCCAGUGAGAGCAUCGAGUACUUCAGUAGCGAUGGAUCGAGUUCUCACAACGUUGAGCAAAAAAGGCCUUGUUCCUUUUCAGUGUAGCGACAAGAUAGUGGCACUACCUGCGGAUCUCAGCAAAGAAAACCUUGGGCUACCAGCUUCUGUUCUAGAAAGACUAAAAGAAUCAUUAACGGAAGUAAUUCAUAGUGCUUGGGCUGUAAACUUCAAUUUGGGGGUCUCGACAUUCGAACAACAGCACAUCAAAGGUGUCUCUAAUCUGAUCAAACUAUGCCUUUCGGUAAAGAGGCAAAAUCCAGCACGCUUCUAUUUUUGCUCCUCUAUUUCCGUCGCUGCCGGCACACCUCUACCAGCUAAAAUUGCAGAAGCUCCAAUCCCUGACUUACAUCACGCGCAAAACAUGGGUUAUGCUCGUUCAAAACUGGUAGCUGAGAGAAUUGUCCAAGCAGCAGCGGAGAGCACUGGGAUGAUUGCCAAAAUUCUGCGGAUUGGGCAAAUAAUUGGAGAUAUCGAAAACGGCAUCUGGAAUGCGACAGAGGCGAUACCCCUCAUGAUUCGAAGUGCCGUCACCAUGGGAGCUCUGCCAGAUCUUGACGAGACUCCAAACUGGUUACCCGUAGAUCUAACGGCACGCAUAAUCCUCGACAUCACUGGUCUCAGUGGUAAGACGAUCACGGAAAGGGAUCUGUAUGAUCCAAGGGUAGUUUUCCAUGUCCAAAAUCCGAGAUCUUUCCACUGGACUAAAGAUCUUCUGCCGGCUUUGAGAUCAUCCGGUCUUCAAUUCGAAAUUGUUAAGCAGCGCGAUUGGGUACAAAAGUUACGUGAGAGUAACCCUGAUCCUGUAAUAAAUCCGACCAUCAAAUUGUUGGACUUCUUCGCUGAGAAGUACGACAAUGACCGACCAGGUAGAAGAGGACUUGUUUUUGAGACCCAAAAGACAGAGACAAUGAGCCCUACAAUUCGUGGUGGCUACGAUGUGAUAGGCAGUGGGUUGAUAGAAAAGAUUGUGGCACGUUGGAGAGCAUUUGAUUGGGCAUGA